AUGUAUCGUCAAGGCGAGAAGAACUCUUCAAAUCUUGGGGGGAAGCAACGACAUCAAGAAUGCGGAUUUGGUAGGAAAAUUCUAACAACGGAUAAAGAGGGCAGAGAUACAUUCGAAUACUGCUCUGUCGGCAAUGAUAAGCCAGCUUCGUUAUUUGAUCAUACUGUCGUAAUCUUGAAACUACGACCGACCAGCUUUGUUAGACCAAAUUGUCUACGAAAUGCACCCGCCUUCGAUGAUGUGGAGAGCUUUCUGGCUGAAUAUCAAUUCAUUACUGUCACCAAGAUGGCUCAGCAACUUACCUCUGUGACAGCGUUGUCCCGUGGUGAGGAACCAUGGCCGAUGGCCAACUAUAUAGAUUGUGAAUUUUUGAAGCCUUUCUUCCUAGAAUUUGGAAGUUAA